AUGAAUCAUUGUAUAGUACCCAAAUGGAAUCAAAGGCACCAAAGACAAGAACAAGUAGAAGAAGAAGAAGGGAAGACAACACGUGAUCAUGUCCCUAUGUCUAGUUAUGAAGUAGCAGAGUUAACAUGGGAAAAUGGACAGUUAGCUAUGCAUGAUCUUGGUGGCAUGGUUCCGUCUCCUGUUCGGGUUAGGACCGGUGGUGAUACGUUAGAAUGCAUAGUCGAUCAAGCCACACGUGACAGGCCUAAUAAGAACGAGGCAAAUUUGAGCUCGUUGGCUGCACCUUGGGGUGGAAAAUGGCCCAAGAGUUCAUCAGUUGACACGCAGUUGAAACAAAAGGAGGCAAAUUUAAGUUCGAUAGCUGCGUCUUCUGGUGGCAAAUGGAGCAAAAGCUCAGGCCAUAUGGCUGCAUCUUCAACUUGCCAUGUCCGCCCGGCAGGUUUAGCGAAGAAAAGGACAAGAUCAGAUUCGGAACAAAAUUGUGGAAGGUAUUCUGAGGAAGAUCAAGGGGGAGAAGCCAGUGGAUGUGCUAGUGCAAGUGCAACCUUUUGUAUGGAUACUGACACAACUAUGAUGACUUGGGCUUCCUUUGAACCCCCUCAAAGCUUCAAGAGUACAAGAAAUGGAGAUGAAGAUUCAGCUUUUCAAGCUGGCUCGGAAAAACAGGAUGAAGAACGUGGGAACAACUGGGAAACUACUCAAUCGCAAUCAUCAGGAAAACAUAGUCGAGCUGCUGCCACACAUAAUCAGUCAGAACGGAGACGUAGAGAUAGGAUCAAUCAGAAGAUGAAGGCUCUUCAAAAAUUGGUGCCCAAUGCAAGUAAGACUGAUAAAGCAUCAAUGCUUGAUGAGGUGAUUGCAUACUUAAAACAACUUCAAGCACAAGUUCAAAUGAUGAGUGCAAGAACCAAUAUUCCACAAAUGAUGAUGCCUUUAGGAAUCCAGCAACAUCUACAAAUGUCUCUCUUGGCACGUAUGGGAAUGGGUAUGGGAAUGGGAAUGCUCGGGAUGAAUAAUUUGGCUCGAACUAUGCCUCAAUUGCUUCCUUCCUAUAUCCAUUCACCUCCUCUUUCGGGAGCUGCUCCACAGUUUGUGCCACCACCUCCCUUCGCUAUGCCUCAGACGAUCCCCCCUCCGACUCCCUCCAACACUUCACUUCCUUUUAACGAUGCAUACUGCACAUUUCUAGCUCAACAAUCAAUGAACAUGGAUUUCUACAAGAAAAUGGAAGCUCUCUAUCAACAACACGUCAACCAGUCCGCACAGAAACCAGUUAGCUCGUUGCAAGCAAACAAUGUACAAGGAGAAUGA